AUGGGGCCAAAACGGCAGAGCCUAAAGAACCUCGCUGGGGUGCAGGAUCUCAAUCGGAAGAAUACUAGUUUUUGCAGACGUCCAACAUAUGCUCUCUGCGUCUUUACUGUGCUUUUUAUGCUUUUCUACAGAGGCCACGCUUCUCCAAAUCCAGUAUCACCAGAGGAGGAAAUUCUUCAGUUGAAUGCCACGCAACUCCGAGUAUUCCAGGUGUACAAGCCGGUUCCCGAUGAACCAUCACACGAAAUCCCAGGAGGAUGCAAUGCGGAAAUUUUAUUGAUGCGACAUGAGUUUGGUUCUAGCUAUGGCCAUCCGUUUGUUGGAAACUAUGUCCCUCCUCGAUGUGAUUUCGACACUGUAAUCAUGACUAUGACAGUAACAUCCAAAGGUCGCCAGUUCGAUAGACUUGCGCUGAUGUUUCUUGGCGAUACCGAAGUAUUCCGGACAUCAACGGCCGAACCUACGACUAAUGGUAUUAUUUGGACCUACCUCAAAGACAUGUCGCUCUACAAGGCACUAUGGGCCAAGCCCCAGAAGUUAAUUUUCGAUCUUGGGAAUUUAAUCAACGAUAAAUACACCGGCCCAUUCGACGUGAAGCUGACCGCCAAGUUUUCCUUGAAAUUUCAUGGGAUUAGGGCGGCAGAUAUUAUACUCCCGAUCUCCGCCCGGCUUUCAGUAGCAGAUUCUCCAAGUGGCUUUAAUAUUCCAGAUGAUAACGCGACUGUGACACAUAUUAUACAUCCAGAUGUUUCGCGAGCCACAGUGUCCAUAUCUGCCUGUGGCCAAUCCACGGAAGAAUUCUGGUACAGCAAUGUCCUGUCUUCCGACGUACUUACGUUUAAUAAAACAGCGGGGCCACUGUCAUUAAGCGUCACUUCUCCUUCUUCGCAAUGGACUCAAAGCCUAAGCUUUUCCAACUCGGGGUCCUUUUCAGAGCAAGGUCAGACACAGCUGAUCAAACAAGUGACAGAUGCUACAUCAGAAUCUCUCGACUUGAUGGGCGAAAAGGACCUCGUUAUUAGCAGAAUAGCCAGCUCCUAUCCGCUUGAAGUGUGCUCAACGUAUCAAUCCAAUCCUAACGGUCUGGAGAUUAACGCCUCCCUGUCUCGCGGUUUGCAAUUCUCCUACCAGAGUGACGUCAGCUAUUAUUCCCCUUAUACCCUCACAACUGGUUCCUCCGAAUAUGAUGCGAGACAGUUGGGCAAAGCAACAUAUCGGUCAAUGUCCAAGGGCAGUUCAAGCUCUACAGGCGAUACAUUGGAGAUUUUCAAAGAGAAGUCUGCAGGGGCAACCUUCGACGCAGAGGGCCAGGAAAAGCAAAUAUUAAACGCCUCUCAUCUGGCCGUCAGCACCAUGCAUGGAUGGAUGGACGCCCAUGUCCGUAUCUCGAACAAGGUGUCCAAACUCUCCGAGCUGACUGUUCUUAACCUGUCAUUCCCAAAUCCACUCGCCAAGCAAAAAUUCAGGGACGCCGGCUGUCCUAUUCUGAUUUCGGCAAGGUUGCAUUAG